AUGAGCCAGUCAGCUCAGGGUGCAGCCCUGGGCGACACCCUGCGGCGCAAGAACGAUACCCUCAAGAGACUAAGACGAGAGUUAAAAGACAAGCGCCUUGUCAUUGUAGUAGGCGCAGGUGUAUCGCUGAGCGCUACAGCCGAUGAAAAUGGAAACUCGCUGUCGCGUCUGACAUGGACGGGUCUCGUGGGCAAUGGGCUGAACUACCUGGUCGAUGAAGGCUAUGUGGAAGUCAUGAAUCGUCGGGUCCAAUAUGCAUACGAGGCGCUGAAAGAGCCUGCCUUAUCGAGGCUACUAGAUGCGGCGGGUAUCUUGUCCAGUCUCAUGACGGAGCAUCGCCAGUAUUCAACCUGGUUGGACUCCGUCUUCGGCAGCCUCUCCGAUGCAGUCAGACAUCCCGCCAUCCUCGAGACAUUACGGGACUUGCACGAGGCGGGUGCGACGAUCUUGACCACCAACUACGACGAUCUGCUAGAGAAGGCUCUUCGCCUGCCGCGGAUUUCCAGAUCGAGCCAGGAGGAUUUGCUGAAGUUCAAACGAGGAGACUUGGAUGGCGUCCUCCACGUGCAGGGGAGCUACCAUGAUCCACAGGACAUUGUUUUGGACACCACCGAUUACUACAAGGUCGCCCACGCAGACGAAGUGCAGAACAUUCUCCGCACAUUCCUGGAAUAUCGCACAAUUGUGUUCGUCGGAUGUGGCUCAGGUCUGGAAGAUCCCAAUUUUGGAUCUCUGCUGAAGUGGGCAGGCGAGCGACAAUUCAAUAUCCCGAACCGGCAUUGUCUGUUGGUACGCGAUGAUGACCGCCUCAACCACAAUAUGCUAUUGCGCCUAAAGUGCGGACCGCGGUAUGAUGACCUCGCGCCUUUACUCCGUCGAUUGCUUGACGAACCAACGCCCUCAGCCCGCGAAGUGAGCACGAAUGACGCUCCCAGCACCUCCACGGCGCCUCAGAUCAAGACCGCCGCGAGCUCCGCAGGUAUACCACCGAGCCACGGAGCCUAUCAUGUCGCAAUAAUCUGCCCUUUGGAGGUGGAAAUGAGUGCUGUCAGAUACAUGCUCGAUGAAGAACACCCCAGCUUACCUAGCUUGGAUGGUGAUUGCAAUGAAUAUAUUCUCGGGAAGAUGGGCCGCCACAAUGUCGCAAUCGGGUACUUACCAGCAGGCUCGCAGGGCAUCGGUGCUGCAGCCACCGUCGCCACCGAUAUGAGAAGAACAUUCCCUUCUGCAAUACGCCUGCUUGUGGGAAUCGGCGGGGGUAUUCCCGGUCAGAAAAACGAUAUUCGGCUUGGUGAUGUGGUCGUGGGCAUGCCAGAUGGAAACCACGGCGGUGUUUUUGAAUACGAUCUUGGUAAAGAGACGGUCGACGGCUUUAUCCGUAAGGGAUAUCUGUGCCCGCCGCCUACCAAAUGGAGAACUACUGUCGUCAAGAUGAAAUCAGAUCACCGAAUCCAGCCAAACAAGAUCUCUGAAUUCGUGAACAACAUGCUGAGGACGCAUCCAACUCUUCAGGAAUACUCUCGGCCUUCGCCAGAGAAAGAUGUUCUCUUCACUGCAGAUAGCCUCCACGUCCGUGACGAACCGACGUGUGACAAAUGUGAUACGGCCAAGAUCCUCUCUCCGCGAAGCGUAUUAGGUCCAGAAAUAUUCUACGGUACGAUCGCGUCGGGAAAUAGUGUGAUCAAAAGUGCAGAAACCAGGGACAGAAUCAGCCGUGACGCCGGGGGGGCACUGUGCUUUGAGAUGGAAGCAGCUGGUCUGAGCAGUGGCUCUCCUUGCAUUGUCAUCCGAGGCAUUUGUGACUACGCCGACUCCCACAAGAACGACGAAUGGCACCCUUAUGCCGCAGCAGUGGCAGCUGCAUGUGCUAAAGAGCUUUUGACCUACUUUGACCCUUUCGCGGGGAAGCAGGGAAUCCCGAUUUCCGGACCAUGUGCGGAACCACAGACAAGUACCGUGGUAGCCGAAUGCGGACUGUCCCAUACUUCGAAACAGCCCACGACUGACGGCACACAGGCCCAAGCUGCACCUGAGGUGCUUCUAACCAUUGCGCAGGCAUUUGGGAAGCUCGAUGGCGCUUUGCAUCCGGACGAUUAUUAUCUCUUUCGGUCAACAACACUCGAGGACGUCCAAUACGCUGCAAAGAUCAUCGAAUAUGACCAGGAACAGCGCCGUUGUCUCCGAAAUCUCCGCCGCAUUGAGCCGCUAUUCGAGGCUCUUCGUACACUCGCAGCCGCUCUCGAUAGGCUUCGUCGAGGCACUCCUUACGUCUGCUACCUCUGGGCGCCGAUCAAGCUGUUCCUGCAGAUUGCCAACGAAUACAUCGACUGCUUCACCAAAUUAAUUGAAGCCUAUGCCCAGAUUGCGAAGCUUCUACCGCGCAUUGAUGCACUCAGGCUUGCCAUGACCGAUGAAGAAGACUUUCAGCACAUCUUGGCGGACAUCUACUCCGACAUCCUUGAAUUCCACUUGUAUACGUACAAAUUUUUGCGGCGACCGGGUUGGAAACACAUGUUCGAUGCUUCCUGGAGAAGCUUCGACAGACGUUUCCACGCCAUCCUGCAGAACCUAGCAAGGACCCGGGGCCGAACUUGCGCAGGAAGAGGCGGUCUUGACGUUCUCAACGCGAAUGACUGCAGGCGGAAGCUUCUCGAAGACCUUGAGAAACACGAAGCUGAUCGUAGACAAUGGCAAUUUCGCGAUACCAUGGUAUGGCUGGACUUGAAUGGCCAAGAUGGAGAGCAGGUAGACUUGUUCGAGCGCCGUUCCAGCGCCAGAGAGAGCGACACCUGUAAUUGGAUUCUUCAACAUCCAAAGAUCAGCCUUUGGCUUGAUCCAGAGGACCGUCGUCUAUUCUUUUGGCUGCAUGGGAAGCCUGGAUCCGGCAAGACGACGCUAGCUACGUACCUCGUGGAGGAACUUUCCCUCCCACCCGGGGCUCACAUCCUGUACUGCCUUUGUUCUUACGGCUUCGGAAGGUCUGAACGAAACGCUUGCAGUCUUACGUUCAGGGCCCUGAUUGCGCAGCUGCUGAAGAAAGAACCCGACUUUCUUCCGUACAUUUACGAGAAUUAUGUCAAAACCGGGGCUGUCGCCUCCCUUCCGAAAGUGAAAGAGCUCCUAAAAAAUCUAAUUGUGUCAUCCGGGAAGAUAUUUCUCAUCCUGGACGGACUUGACGAAUUCGAAGGUUCUGACCAAAGGCAGGUCCUGACCGAGAUGUCGAACCUGGUGACCCACGAUACAGGCCGAGAUUCGGACCAAACAAAUUUGAAGGUCCUUGUCUGUUCGAGGGAAACACGAGACAUUGCAAGAAGAUUGAGCAAGGCCCCUCAGAUCUCUCUCAGCAACGAGGAGGAGGAGCAGUUCGUACGACGCGACAUCUCCACUUUCACGAAGAAUAGGCUCUCAGAGCUUCGGGAUCGAUUUGAGGACAACGAGGCUAACAAUAUCGGGAACGACAUAGUCCAGAAGGCUAACGGCAUGUUCUUAUGGGUACGUCUGGUUUUGUCGACUGUCCUAGAGCAAGAGAGUGUACAGGACCUGCGGUCAGCCGUCAGGCACCUACCGUCAGGCCUCCCUGGAUUAUACAGGUCAAUACUGGACCGACUUCACUUGCAGUCUGACGAUCAGCAACGGAUUCGAGCACGGUUCAUUCUUAGCUGGCUUUCCUUUGCCUGCCGUCCGCUGAAGACAUGGGAAGUUUGCUGCGCCAUUGUCUUUCACAACGGGGCGGCAAAGCUUAACGACGAAUCAAGACUCGGCAAAGGUAUCUUGGACAUUUGCAAACCUUUAAUCGAGGAGCGCGAAGGAGAGACCAUUGCGUUAGUUCACUUUUCGGCCAGAGAGUUCCUGCUACAUCGAGCAAGCGGCCCAUAUCUCUCACCAUUCGUGGCACAUGCCAACAUCACAACCGCAUGUACCAGAUAUUUACUCACCUGCGCGGAGUUUUUAAAGACCCCACUGUCCCCAGCUGUUCACGGUCAUGUAGUCAAGGGAUUCCACGACAUAUACGCAUAUGUUCAAGAAUUUUGGCCGGAACACCUUCGAAAAUUCACCGAGUCCCUUGUAGAGGUCGAGGAUCGUGGAAUCUCUGUCGAAGUCUUCAGCCAGUUACGCAUCCUCGCAGCGACAUAUGGACGCAUACCCGCGUCCGAGACAAGCUCCGACCGUGAACAAGACCGCCAGUCACCCGCCAUGCCUCCCGCGCCGGCUUUUAGUACGCCGGAUCUACCAAGUCUUCCGCCACUGUUACGACAAUACCUUGAUUUCAGAAAAAUCACGGCGGUGAAAAAGUUAGCCGGACUCACCGCAAGCGCGAACACAGAUGUUGAAUCCGAUCCAACCACCCUAACCGAGACAUAUUCUCGUUUUCGGACUGUAUUCGAAUCUCUACUCAACAGUCCACCUGAAUCCCGAUAUGCAGAAAUGGAGAUCACCGUGACCGACGUGGAGACAUUUCUUCAACGCUACAGGUCCACCGCGUACUGCUGCAGAUGGAGUGGCUGCAUGUGGGCGUCAAUUGGUUUCCGAACCCAAGAGCAGCGCGCCGUUCACGAGGCACUUCACAAGCAACGAUUUCGUUGCACCGACUCGGACUGUGACUUUGCGGUCAGCGGCUUCAACACUCGUGCUUCACUCCGGAAACAUAUCCUAAAAUACCACACAGAAGCGGAGGAGCUGACGUUGAAAGAGUUCCCUGAACUCAGGAACAAGAGUGUCACACUCAACACAGAUGCAACCAAUUCAUCGCCCGCGCCAUCGUCCCCGCUAAGAUCCCCCACUGUACCGCCAUUCGAUGGCUCCUUCGACAAGGAUGGGUCAUUGCCAGAUUGGGCAUUAUUCAACGUGGACAGAAUUGACCCAUCGAUGGGUAGCGGGGAGCUGCCUGAGGUAAUGCCGGUUGUUCUCGCCAACUCAACCCCAAACGACGAGGCUGGGAAGGCGCUCAACGACGCAGUGAAGGCAGUAUGGUCACCUUGGAAUAAACAUGUGCCCCCAAAGAAAGUCACACAGGGGAUUGCCGCUUUUGGUCUGGCGAUAAAAUCUCUUCAUGACUUGUGGAAGCCCAAGAACGACAUCUUACUGGGUGGUCGGCAGGGGCCCCUCGCCUUGAUUCAAUUAGAGAUCGACGUACCUUGGUACCGACGGUUAAUGGAAAAUGCGGUGUUGAACACGCUGACGUAUGGGCAUGCUGCGAUCCUUGAAAGGUUAGGCGAAGACAGGUCUACGCUAGCGACAUUGUACUCGUUCCUGCUGGACAGAUCUACCGAUGGAGACUUCGACGGCCACCUGGCGAAGUGUAUUCUCAAACUUGCGUCCCGAUUCAAGACUCUUGACGAAGAAUCACUCAAGGCAGCAAAAUGGCGCGAAAUCCUGGAAGAGUUUUCCAACUCAGCGACUAACGAGUCAAAGACCCUCUCGUCCGCAAUCCUUGCAAAAGCAGCAGCUGUUACAGCUAAGAAUAAGAUCACAGAGCACAGCGAUCAUACUUUUCACGCCAACACGGACACCUUUGCUCAAAUGGAUGAUGUUCCAGUUUGCGGCCCAUCUCUCGUUGAUAGGCGUAUGGCCCUCGUCGAACGCAGUCGAGAUCCCAAUUUUCGAAAUCGGCCGACGUACACCGAAUUUCGAGAGUUCUUCGAAGCCUCCAAAGGUCCGAAUAGUGAGCCUUAUCAUUCCGGACAUUUGUACCGAACGGUUCGAGAAACCGAGGAGUGGAUGGGGAUAGGUAAAAAGUUGUUCGGAAAAACUAAUGGGCCUCUUCAUGUCCUCGAGCAGUAUCUGAAGUUCGUCGAGGAGCAAAACGACUCUUGCUUCAACCUCGGCGACACUUUUUCACCACCUUUGGAUCCCCCAUCUCGAGAACGAAGCCCUGCUGAAACACAGCAAAGAGGAACCGCAGACAAUGGCCGAGCCCCGGUCUUCUGCAUCUGUCGUCGACACGAAAGCGGCCUCAUGAUUGAAUGUGAAAUAUGUCACGAAUGGUAUCACGCAAAAUGUCUAGGCUUGAAACGGAACAAGGUCAAAGAGACUGAGACGUUUACUUGUCCGAUUUGUGACUGGCGUGUCAGGAUUUGGCGCCUUACAGCCAGACCAAACCUCGAGGUCCUGCAAGACUGGCAAGCCAAGAUACCAGGUCUUCAUUCCGACCUGCAGAAGAAGAAAUACUAGGGCGUAUCAUCGAUACUGCUCAAAAUUUCCGCAACUUUCUUGCUCCGUUUCUCGAGGGCGACCAAUCAUCUCGAGCUAUCGAAAAGGUGCCGGAAAUGCUAUUCUAUCUUCGUAAGUUAGAAGGGGCUGAAGUAUUGUUAGCCUUUGAGACAAACUAUCUUCGACAAGAGCUACAUAAGUGGCAGCCGGUGGCGCCAGAACCACCGCCGAUACUUGACAAGAUCCUGUCUCCUUCCCAACUACGGCCUAGAGGACCAAUGGAUCUAAUGGGUCCUGAGUCUAAGUCCGAGUCUGAUUUCAUCAUUGAGUCUGAUUUCAUCCUUAAGGCUCUAAUACUAGGCUACAAGGGGGAGCACAGGCUUUGAGGAUCUGGAUAUGGAGCUUGCGAACUGGAGAAGGCAACCAUGUCAGAACAGAGACGAUGGCUAUCUCGAAGCCGUCGUCACGCUCGAAGCCGAAAGCUGCAUGACGGAAACUGAGAACCACAAGACGCGGGCGAGGGAUCGAACCACGGGCACGGGCCAGGAUCUUUCGCGUGUGAAGGAAAGGGGACCAUGAUGGACCAUCCGAACGAGACCGCUUCGCAGGUCGGAGUUGGACCUAAUGGCUGUAAUCUUAGGCUCCCAAUCUAGGCUGCAAUUGCACAAACAGCCAAGGACCGUUCUGGAUAUGAUCUAAUGCAAC